GACAGUUCUCUCUUGCCGUGCCAACACGACUGAGGGGAGCAGAUAGCACCGUUUAAAUUUUAAUCACAAUCAUGAAGGUCUUAAUAAUUGCGACUUGUGUUGCUUUAACUCUCGCUGUUCCGUCUCCUCUGAGAGAAAAGCGACAAGUGCCGAACUGUGUCAAUACAUUCCAGAAUGUGCCUAACCCUUGUACGUCCAACUCUAACCGAGUUUACUUCCCCCACCCCUUGGACAAUACAAAAUUCCUGCAGUGUGACCGGUUCGGUAGAAUGUACAUCGUCCAAUGUCCAGCUGGGGAGCUCUACAACCAGGCGACAACCUCGUGUAUCACGGUGGCAUGAUCACUGGAGCAACUAACCCCUGUCUUGGACAAGUAGUAACAAACACCGGCCUCUUCUUCUCUCACCCUGAUCCCAACAAAUUUAUCCAAUGUGAUAUCGCCGG